CAGAACCAAAUGGCAUUCCUUGCUCAGUCCCCGCUCUGCCUAUUUCUCUUGUUGCUCGUCUCUUUUCCCUGGUCCAUGGGGGCUGCAGCUGCAUCGGUUCCUAUUUCAGAAGGGCUCGUGUGGAAAGACCGCAAGUAUUUGCAGGUGCCGGCAGAUAUAACCAGGAGUGAGGUACUUGCUUUCCUCUCUGGGCUGGCCAACUUGGCAUCUCAUGUGAAUGAGGCACCCCUGUCAAGGCAGGAAAAGACGGAUCUCCGCCCCAGGCAAGAGCGGGCAACCUUUCCUCAGCCCCCGCUUCGGGAAAAGGCACCUUGCAAGAACUUCUUCUGGAAGACUUUCUCCUCCUGCUAACAGAACUGUCUCCCUGGAAUGCUUCCUUAACACCACUGGACUUUCUUGAGAUGAGUAUGACCAGUGAGAGCUCUCUCUUGGGAGCUAGCGCUCUUGUAUGAUUAAAUUUCUUACCCUCCCGUUUGUCCAUAAUUAGACCCAGGGAAACAAAGAGAGUCUUGUGGCACCUGACGACUAAGCAGAUUUUUUCUUGUGGCAGAAUCCUUCAUGAACCAGAUGUGCACUUUGUCCAAUGUGCAGUUACCUUCCAGUGGCAGAUGUGUGCAUGGGUACAAGCGGAAGAAAGGGGUGGUGGGCGAGUCAUUUCAAAGUAAGGCCAGAAUGUCAAGCCAUCAAGAGAUUGGUAUAUGAGGUCACAACAUGUAGCAUGUGUGAAAACGGGAUCCAGUCAAAAAAAGUGAACGAUCCCAUCACUGGAGAUGGACAACUCAUUUCCCAUUCCCAGUCCCUGUUGAGACCAAGACUGGCUGCCUUCCAUUGUUAACCGUCCUCUGUUCAUGAUGGCCAUGAACACUGCUUUGCUCUGCUCCUUCCCCUCCUUCCCUUUUAUGUGCAAUAUGAUUGAAAUCGUCUUGGUUUAGGAAGCCUUCAGUCGAACUCUUGUAUAUAAGCAAACUAUUAUUAUAGUAUACUGUAAUCUCUGGAUGUGACUACUUUAUACCUUUGAAAGGAUGAUUAGGGGUGAGGGGCCCAUUUAACUUCAAGUUAAACAUUUACUGCAAAACCUUGUUGAAAUUUCCUGGCAUGCAUGUAUGCAUAAGCGCACAGCCUUUCUUUCUGUGUGAAGACUCCCAACACUCGAUGACAAUGGAACUCUGUGUUGGUGCUUUUGGUGCAGUUACAGAAUUACAGAAACGUGGCUGGAGUGGGGUGGGGGACUGGAUUGUUGGCAGGUUAAAGUGUUCUCCACCUGGCUACAUAGCCUCAAAUGAACUGGCUUUGUAAGUAAGACUGAAGAGGUGCGGUGGGGGAGGACAGCACACACAGGAACACUUCAGGUGUGCCUUGUAGACAACUGCAAGUGAACCAACGAAGAAAUGUUGUCCUAACUUGCCUGUUCCCCCACCCCCCGCUGUUUGCUGAGUUUGUGCCAAAGUACAAUAGUCUUGACGCGCUGAAAUAAAACAUUG